ACAGCAAGAAGUGAAGUUGCAUACCUGCUUGCAUCGGCACAUUCCGCACUUUGCAAUUUGUGUUCAUGUUUGGCUCAAAUGCGGCUUUACCAACGCAGCCGGGCAGAGUCCGGAACGUUCUAAGUCGAGUCUCUCUUGGCUCGGGAAGCCGAGCCAAGUUCCAUAGGCGGCCAAGCCCGCGCUGGAGUCUGAUGUUCGCUCGAAGACAAGAUGUGGCAGCUUCACCUGACAGCAUUCAUGCUGUGACAAAGUCACUCCAAAAGCUGGCAGUCCUGCUGUUGAUGCUGGUCGCACUGGUGUGUGGCCACAUCCUGCUUUUCCAUUUGCGUUCCGUGCUGGUGCCUUUCGUGCUCAGUGCGCUGGUGAUUUGUGCAGUUGAGCCAACUGUCAAUUGCCUCUACAAGGGCUUUGCGGGGCACGCGCCGCCUUAUAGGUGGUUUUGUUGCUGCUGCCACAGAAGGAGGCAAAGAGAGUCAGACUUUGGAGAGGAGACCGGUGAUGCAGGGCGAUCUGUGUUGGUGCCUCUCAGCGGAUUCAAUGACGACGAUCCGGUGUGCGAAGGAGCUGCUCGCUGCGCUUCAGUUAGCAUUGCGAUUUGUUUAAUCCUUCUCGUCGCCACCGUACUGGCUGGAUCUCUUCUAGCAGGUGCCCUGCAUCUUCGGGAAAGCUGGUCCAGCUACUCCCUUGGCGCCAGCAAUUUGGUGGAGUGGCUUCAAAACACCACCAAGAAGCUGUCAGUACGACUGCAGCUGGGUCACCAAACCGAUGCACACUUGAAUGGGUUUUACACGUACCUGCUGGACAAGGGCCAAUCAUUGGUGUCUUCUGUAGUGGAGGAGAUUAUUGCUGACGUUUCUUCGUGCGUGGUGAGCCUGAUCAUCAUAUUAUUGUAUGUGAUCUUCGGGCUUUUGCACCCGUUGCCGAUUGGUGGCAAGGUCAGCAACCUUGUUCGAAGCUAUCUUUGGAAGAAGACCUUUGUUUCGCUGUUGUAUGGCUUCUCUGUAUCUGCCCUCUUCUUGCUUUUGCACAAUGACUUGGCCAUCUUUUUCGGAAUUGUGUCGUUCUUCUUCAACUACGUCCCAGAAGUUGGCACAAUCAUCGCCAUCAUCAUUCCGAUGCCUGUGAUCCUGUUGGACGGCCGACUUGAAUCUCCUGCGACGACGCUGGCAAAGGCGAGCAUCGGACAGCUGGCGAUGAAAAUCGUGUUCAACAACAUCAUCGAGACGUCGCUCAUUCAAGCGGACCAAGAGAUGAAGAUUCACCCAGUUUGGGUGUUGCUGACGAUCAACUAUUUCGGCUUUAUUUGGGGACCCAUGGGCAUGAUGAUCGGUGUGCCGAUCCUGUCCGUGCUGAAAGGGGCAGCUGUGUCUGCAAUAGAGCUCAAUGACGAGAAGGACGACGUGACCAAGGCCUGGGCCGAAUCCUUCUUGGCGUGCUUGGAGGGCCGUCCGCACAAGGCCAGGGAGAAGCUGGAGCUUGUCAUCGGAGCAGCGAUGGCAUUUCCCGAGAGCUUGGAGGCUGCCAGACAGCAGGAGAAGGAAAAGCUGAGGAGUAUGUCCACUGAUGCUGCAGCGUAGUGACUUCGGGACAGCCGCACAGCUUCUGGUCCAAAAGUCGUGCACACUGGAGCAGCGCCCAGCCAAAAACGUU